AUGAAGCUUGGUGAUAAAAUUACCACUGAUAGUCCUAGCUUGUACAAUCUUUUUGCGGAUUUCUUCGCAUCGGUUUAUGACUCGAGUCUAUACGCAAGUAUUAAACGCGUGAUGUACAACCCAAUAGCACUGACCCAAAUGUUUUCAAUGGGACUCGUAUCGGCCUCUAUGUGGGGGUAUGGAUACUACGAGAUUGACAUUAUUAAGUAUUUCGGUGCUAUUUUCUCCGAUCCUAUACUCAAGAAGUUUUGUCAAAUAAAAGCAUUCAAACAAGCGACCAGUAUGAGUGUGCUAAUUUGUAAACCUCAAUGGGAGGAAUUCAAGCCGGUGUGUGCGGUUGAUGAUAUGGUCAGCUAUGUGUCACCAUGCCAAGCUGGUUGCCGUGAAUCACAAGAAAUAAAUGGGAUCCAAGUGUACUCGAACUGCACGUGUGCGGGAGGUGGACGCGUGUUGGAGCGCGCGUGCGGCGACGAGCCGUGUCGGAACGCGAACUCGUUGCACGAUCUGAUGUUCUACAUGCUCUUUAUGCUCGGAAUUUUAACGCUGCAAGGUCAGGGCGUGCUGUUACUGAAAAUCGUGGACCCUCGCGAUAAGUCCGUGGCGCAAGGCUUGGCUUUUUCUUUCGUCGCUAUCUUGACCUUCGUCGUGGGCCACACAAUUUUCUAUGGACUUCAAAUUACGACUUGUCGUUGGUUCGAAGGAAAUAAGUGUCAUCUACAGAGCGCAUCCUUCCCUUAUUUAAUUGGCCACUUCUGCGCGUUCCUCAUGCUGACAUCAAUUAUGAUUGCUUUAACAUCUUGGCAUUUUUUCAAAAAGUUAAAAGAGGACGAUAACGAAGUAAAUGAAACGAGAUUGUAA